UGGUACAUCAUUUUACAGCAAAUCUGAGAACCGAACAAAAAAAACAAUGUUAACGUUUCAGAUCCGGUGACCCUUCCUCUGUUCUUCACAGUGAUUCCGCGACAGAUAUGGACACAAUCGUGAAGAUGAUAUGUGGCCACGGGAGGAAUAUUGAACAACCAUGAAGCUACAGAGGAAGAGCUGAUCGUGGGCAGGAAGAGUUUGCAGGAGUGUUUCCAGCGGACCCAGGGGAGGAAGUGUACUCUGAAAGAGACCCAUUAACAGAGGAGUCAGCCCUCCUGUUGAGAUUCCCAUCCCCCAGGGACUGGCUGGUGGAAGGAACAGCGCUGGGAGAGAGAGUGAACUCUGCAGUCUGCAAUAUUCUCAUUUUUGGAGGAACAUGUGCCACCUUGUUUAUUGUGAAUGAGAGGCCUCCAGGCAGAUACAAUGGCAGACCUACCAUCUGAUGACUGCUCCAUCAACAAAGAAUUUGAGUCUUGCUAUCUGCCCAUCAUGUACAUUAUCGUGUUUGUCACUGGAUUCAUUGGAAACAGUGUUGCUCUCUGGAUGUUCAUCUUUCACAUGAGGCCUUGGAGUAGCAUCACCGUUUACAUGUUUAACCUUGCCCUGGCUGACCUCUUCUACGUCUUCUCUCUGCCCGUUUUAAUAUUUUACUAUUUCAAGGAAAGUGACUGGAUCUUCGGAGAGGCGCUGUGUAAACUGCAGAGGUUCAUUUUCCACGUUAACCUCUACGGGAGCAUCUUGUUUCUGACCUGCAUCAGUGUUCACAGGUACACAGGGGUGGUGCACCCCAUGAAAUCACUGGGCAGGUUGAAGAAAAAAUCGGCCACGAUUGUGUGCGUGUGCGUGUGGGUUGUGGUCAUGGCUGGGAUCUCCCCAAUACUGUACUUCUCCCGAAUACGGCAGGACACCAAUAAAGCUAACUUUUCUCGACCAGAUGCUAACAGAACAACAAAAACCAUUUGCUAUGAUACAACGUCUAAAGAGCUCCUGGGCACUUAUUUCAUUUACAGCAUGCUGACUACGUUCUUUGGUUUCUGUGUCCCCUUUGCCACCAUUAUGGUCUGUUAUGGAUUUAUCGUGAAGGCCUUAAUAUCUAAUGACAUGAGGACACCUCUCCGGGGCAAGUCUGUGCGUCUUGUCAUCAUCGUGUUGGCCGUCUUUGCCAUCUCCUAUCUCCCCUUCCAUGUGAUGAAGAAUCUAAACCUACAGUCCAGACUCUAUUACCAGGGGCCAGAGACAUGCGAGUGGAACAAGAGGGUCUACGCCACUUAUCAAGUGACCCGGGGGCUUGCCAGCCUCAAUAGCUGUGUGGACCCUAUCUUGUACUUCCUGGCAGGAGAUACUUUCAGGAGGAAGUUCACUACUACUGCCACAAGGUUCAUCAAUCGGAAUGAAUCUAUGGUCUAGGAGAUUAAAGAAUUCACUUUGUGCCCCAAUAGACAAGUUAUAAAAUGGUGAAAAUUCCUUCCAAGCCAAUAAGUUACAUUUAUAUAAAACUUUUAAUGUAGUAAAAAUAUCCCAAAACACUUCCCAGGAGCAUAUCAGAAAGCUGUGACAUGUCAAUAUUAAGGCAGAUGACCAGACGUUUGGUCAAACAGACAGUAUUUUAAGGAACAUCUUAAUGUAGUGGAGAAAAAUUGAGUAAGUUGGAGAGGUUUGAGCAGAGAAUUGCAGGGAUUAGGUUUCAGGCUGGCAUAUACACAAGUUUAAGAUUGCUGAAAGAAUUAUCGGCCUGCAGGAGGUUAAAGAGCUAGGGAGUGAAAAGGCAAUUAAAAAACUUAGACACAAGGGUGAAAAACACUGAAAGUUGAAUUGUAGCCUGAUCAAGAACUAAUCUAGCUCAGCAAGUACGGCAAUACAGUUUAAAAAGCAGUGAGCAGAUAAUUAGUGGAAUUUUGGAUGAGCUCAAAUUUCAGGGAAUGGUGGUUUGCUGAAUUUUAGGUUCAAUAGCACUUUGGGAUUUAGAAGUUCAUGAAGGAUUAUAUUUGAGAAUAGAGGGAAAUGUAUUAAAUAUUUUAAUAUAGGAAAGUCAAAUGAGUGAAGCCCAUAAUUUAGCAUUCUGUAUUUGUCUAAUUUCUUCUUUGAUCUAACCACAGCCAUUUUUGCUACUGUUUUGAAGUUUUUAAUUUUAGAGUGGGAAUGUUAUACAUGUGUUAAAAUAUGGACUUACUAUCAAUGUUAUUAAACCUCUAAUAAUAGGACUAUUAUUUAUAUUAGUCAGGACAGGAAAUUUUUUUCCUUAUUCCUUCAUGUUUACACUGUUGCAUAAAAAUUACAGCUUCACGGAAGAGCAAAAAUAGAAGCUCUGUGUACUUGA